AUGGAAGAAGUAAAUCAAACCACUGAAUUGCUUGGUGAUUUUUUCCUAGUAGGCUUUGCCAGUCUUGAGCAAUAUCGAUUCUAUUUCUUUGUUUUCUUUCUCAUAAUCUACCUCCUAACACUGAGUGGAAACACAAUCAUAAUCUUGGUGGUUUGGUCUAAUGUAAGGCUUCAUAUUCCUAUGUACUUCUUCAUCGCCAAUUUAUCCUUCCUGGAUUUGUGGUUAGUGUCCACCACUGGUCCCAAGCUGCUGUCCAUACUGCUGACCAACAACAAAAGGAUCUCAUUCCAAGCAUGUUUUGCUCAGCUCUACAUGUUCCACAGCCUUGCCAUCAAUGAAUGCAGUUUUUUGGCUAUUAUGGCCUUUGACCGUUGUGUAUGGCCAUAUAUACCCCUCUUAGAUACCCCACUCUCAUAA